AGUUCAACCCAUCGGCUGCUCUGCAUCCCAUAUCGCCGUCUCGUCUUGUCCUCUCCAGCACGCACUCGCUCAACAUACUCGCCAUAUCCUUUUUGUUCUUUUUGUUUCUUCCUUUUGGGGUGGAAUUUUUCCUUUUUGAAAUUGCACAGUGAAUAUUGAGCUUCAAAGCAUUCUGUGAAGAUUAUUAUAAUUUUUCUAAAGAAAAUCUGUUAGCGUCAUUGUAUUCUCAAGUCUAAUCCAGAUUCUCUUUUCUCUUAAUGGCUAAUGUAGUUAGGGUCCAAUUUUUUUAAUAUUGCUUUCGAGCCGUGGAGAGCAUUGUCGAAAUCCGUUUUACUCAGUGUGUACUUUUGCACGCAUCUCUUUGGACAGUCUGUUCCUUGUUAAACAUUAAAUAUCACAGUUUCAAUGGGAAAUUCAGAAAGCCAUCAGCCCUCUUUUAAGUUGAAGAGAUGAUAAACGUAAACAACCAGAACUUUAGGUUUUCGACGACCUUAUUGAAGGAUUGCUAGAUUUAAGGUAUGAUUUGAUUUGUUAAAAAAAAAAAAAAAAGAGAUCUCCUUGGAGUUUGCAUCAAUAAAUGGAGUUUUUGAAGCUUGGUUUUUAUUAAAUUUGAAUCAGGUUAAACAGUUUAUGGAUGCGAGGCAUAAGGUUUUCGGGGAAUAGGAAAUCCAUGAAUUUUUUAGUAUCCUGUGUGUUUUUUCAUGCAACAUAAAUCACCUGUUUUUGGUGUUGUUGAUUUACCAAACAAUAUCAUUAUGGAGGAUGUAAAACAUAAAUCUAGGAAGGAAGAUUCGAAAAGGAAGGAGGAGGAUUCUAAGAGAAGCCACCAUGAUCGAGAAAGGGAGCGUGAUAAGGAGCGAAAUGGAGAGAGGCACCGGGAUAGAGAGAAGAGGGACCGCGAAAGCCGACGUUCUGAAAGAGAGAAGAGUACUGAUUCUGAUAAUAAAUUUGAGAGAGAGCGGGACAAGGAUAAAAGAAGCAGAGAUAAUGAAAGAGAAAGACCCAAGCAUAGGAAGAGAGACAGAGACAGGGAAGAUCGGGACCGAGAGAGGGAGGAGAAAAGGGACAGGACAAGGGAGAAAGAGAGGGAGAGGGAGAGGGAAAGAGACAAAGACAGAGAUAAGAGGGACCGUGAUAGGGAAGAACGUGAACGGGAGAGGGACAGAAGGGAACGUGACAGAGAAGAAGUAGAGAGAGAGAAGGAGAUAGACAGGGAAAAGGAGAGGGAGAGGAGGGAGAGAGAAAGGGAGAGGAGGACAAGGGAAAAGGAGAGGCGUAGAGAAUUCAUCAGUGAGGAUGUUAGUGAUGAUGAUUCCAGGGAGCGCGAUAGGAAGCGGCGGAGGGAUGAUGAUGACUACAGAGACAGAGCACAUGAACAGAGCACUAGUGGCAGGUCAAAGAGGCACAGAGAGGACAGUGAGGGGAGCCCAAGGAAAAGGAGCGGUGAGGAUGACUCAUAUAGGAAAGAGAAAAGAACUCGAGAGGAGGAAUUAGAGGAUGAACAGAAGAGAUUGGAUGAGGAAAUGGAAAAGAGAAGAAGAAGAGUUCAGGAGUGGCAAGAGUUGAGAAGGAAAAAGGAAGAAUCUGAGAGGGAAAAGCAUGGGGAGGUAGCUAAUAUGGAUGAACCGAAGACAGGUAAAACUUGGACGCUUGAAGGAGAAUCUGAUGAUGAAGAAGCACCUCCCACAGGGAAAUUGGAGAUGGACAAGGAACUGGAUGAAAAUUCAAAUCCUGAUAAAGAAGUUGGAGAUGCAUCAGUGGUAGACUUUAAAAGUGGGACAUCUGUUUCAGAGAAUGGUGUUGAUGGUGUUGUUGGGGAUGAGGAGAUUGAUCCAUUAGAUGCUUUCAUGAAUUCCAUGGUCUUACCUGAAGUUGAGAAACUAAACAAUGCAGUGUCUACUCAAACUUUUCAUGAUAAUAAAGUCGAAUUAAAGAAGAAAGACAAAAAGGAGAAUGGAAACAAUGGAGAACAGCUUAAGAAAGGCUUCAGUAAAUCUCUUGGGAGAAUAAUUCCUGGUGAAAAUUCUGAUUCAGAUUAUGGCGACCUUGAGAAUCAUGAACAUCCUUUGGAUGAUGAAGAUGAUGACGAGUUCAUGAAGAGGGUGAAGAAGACAAAAGCUGAGAAGCUAUCUGUUGUUGAUCACUCGAAGAUUGAUUACAAACCUUUCCGCAAAAAUUUCUAUAUUGAAGUGAAGAAGAUAUCGAAGAUGACUCCCGAAGAGGUUGCUGCUUAUAGGAAACAAUUAGAAUUAAAAAUACAUGGAAAGGAUGUUCCAAAACCGGUUAAAACGUGGCACCAAACUGGACUUGCAAAUAAAAUUUUGGAGGCAAUAAAGAAGCUUAACUAUGAGAAGCCAAUGCCGAUUCAAGCUCAGGCACUGCCAAUAAUUAUGAGCGGCAGAGACUGUAUAGGCAUUGCAAAAACUGGCUCAGGAAAAACCCUCGCUUUUGUGCUGCCAAUGCUGAGGCAUAUCAAGGACCAGCCACCUGUGGAAGCUGGAGAUGGGCCAAUUGGGCUUAUAAUGGCACCCACAAGGGAGCUUGUUCAGCAGAUCCACAGUGAUAUAAAGAAGUUUGCCAAAGUACUGGCAAUUAGAUGUGUGCCCGUAUAUGGAGGCUCUGGUGUUGCUCAACAGAUCAGCGAAUUAAAGCGGGGUACUGAAAUUGUUGUCUGUACUCCAGGUAGGAUGAUCGAUAUACUUUGCACAAGCGGGGGUAAAAUUACAAAUCUGCGCAGAGUCACUUAUCUAGUCAUGGAUGAAGCUGAUCGGAUGUUUGACAUGGGCUUUGAACCUCAAAUCACUAGAAUUGUCCAGAAUAUUCGCCCAGGUCGUCAAACUGUACUCUUUUCUGCUACUUUUCCUCGGCAGGUUGAGAUUUUGGCUCGUAAAGUAUUAAACAAGCCUGUGGAAAUUCAGGUUGGUGGGAGGAGUGUGGUGAACAAGGACAUAACUCAGUUAGUUGAGGUACGGCCAGAAAGUGAAAGGUUCUUGAGACUCCUAGAACUACUUGGUGAAUGGUAUGAGAAGGGAAAAAUCUUGAUAUUUGUCCAAUCACAGGAGAAAUGUGAUGCUUUGUUCGGGGAUUUGCUCAAGCAUGGUUAUCCUUGCCUUUCACUUCAUGGAGCUAAGGAUCAAACAGACCGUGAGUCUACCAUUUCUGAUUUCAAAAGCAAUGUCUGCAAUUUGUUGAUUGCCACAAGUGUUGCAGCCAGGGGUUUAGAUGUGAAGGAGCUUGAACUUGUGAUUAAUUUUGAUGUCCCAAACCACUAUGAGGAUUAUGUUCACCGUGUUGGUCGAACAGGCCGAGCUGGUCGCAAAGGUUGUGCCAUCACAUUUAUUUCUGAGGAGGAUGCAAGAUAUGCCCCGGAUCUUGUAAAAGCGUUGGAACUCUCUGAACAAGUUGUUCCAGAGGAUCUGAAAGCUCUUGCUGAUGGCUUUAUGGCCAAAGUUAAUCAGGGGCUUGAGCAAGCCCAUGGAACUGGUUAUGGUGGGAGUGGUUUUAAGUUCAAUGAAGAGGAGGAUGAAAAGAGGAUAGCAGCAAAGAAAGCACAAGCAAAAGAAUAUGGCUUUGAGGAAGACAAGUCAGAUUCAGAAGAUGAAGAUGAAGGGGUUCGUAAGACAGGUGGUGACAUCUCACGCCAGGCUGCCUUUGCUCAGCAAUUAGCUUCUCUUGCUGCUGCCUCCAAGGGCAGUUCAUUUUCUACUCCAACUCCUAUCUCAGCUGCUCAAUUGCUUCCCGCUGCUGGAUUACCUGUUUCUUUGCCAGGUGUCAUGGGCUUAACAAUUCCAGGUGCAGCUACAGUUUUGCCAGGGGCUGGAGUACCUGUUGUUAAUAACGAUAACACAGUUAAGGCAAUUGCAGCUGCCCUCAACUUGCAGCAUAACCUUGCAAAAAUCCAAGCUGAUGCAAUGCCUGAACAUUAUGAAGCAGAGCUUGAGAUUAAUGAUUUCCCCCAAAAUGCUCGGUGGAAGGUUACUCACAAGGAAACAUUGGGUCCAAUUUCUGAAUGGACUGGUGCUGCUAUUACUACCAGGGGAAAGUAUUUUCCACCAGGCCGGAUUCUAGGACCAGGAGAACGUAAGCUCUACUUAUUCUUUGAGGGACCUAGUGAAACAUCUGUUAAGAAAGCUAAAACAGAACUAAAACGUGUUUUGGAAGACAUCACAAACCAGGCAUUAUCACUUCCUAGUGGAGCGCAACCAGGGAGAUACUUGGUUAUUUAAGUGGAUGAUUUAAGCGUAUGCCUGCAUGGCCAGAUUAGUUUCUGCUCAUUGCCUUUGCCAUCAUGGCUGUUGAAGAGAAUGGAUCCGGUGGGAUGCUUUGCCAUUUCACUCGUUACUGAUGAACAUAAUGGAGGGUUUCAAAACUCUAUUUUACUGUGCUUAUCUUGUUUCCUUGUUGUGGAUCUGAUAAACUGUUUGAUGUUGUUGCAGGUGUAUUUGGAAGAAGUUUCAAAGAUACAUUUUUAGCCUUUUAGAAGUCCACUGGGAUUGCAAUUUGAGGAGGAUUACAGUGACAAAAGUGGCCAUUUAUCGGUGUUGCAUUGUAGGGGGUGUCCUUGUUUACGGUAUUGGAUAGGCUAAAAUACCAAAUAUAUUUGGUAUCUUGUGGUCCUGCUGUCCACAAUACUGGAGCAUGCCUGGAUUCAUUUGAUUGUGUUCCUUUUAUUCAUCUUUUUCUGAUUUACUUGAAUGGUAUGAUAAUAGUUAUUAUUUGGUGGGA